AUUGCAUCAGCUUGAAUCGAUUCCAUUUGAGUGUGUAUGAGUAGAGACAGCCAUUACUUUUUCGUAAAAAAUAAUAUUACAUCAUUGAAAUUUUUUCAAAUACCAAUAAAUUACGAUUGAUUCGAAACCAAAUCAAAAGUACUUCCUCAAGGCAGUUCUAUUUUUGUGCAUUAAUUGCAGCAGUUUGAAUAAGACAAAACAAAUUAUUCAAGGACAAUAGUUUUCGACCUGAAGAAAAAGACCAUAGAAUAUAGAACCAAUUCAAUUUAUGGAAAAAUGGACCAGCCUCCCGCACAGGAUUCAACGAAACAUAUUUUAAAUGUUCUCAACGAUGAUUGCAUCGAAGAGAUUUUUCGUCGCAUAUUUUGCUUAGAAGACUUUCUCAACAUGGCUGAAGUAUGUCAACGUUUUCAACAAAACGCGAAAAAUUGUUUUCGAACGCAGUUUAAAUAUGUGUUUCUAAGAAGAUAUCGGAAUGGAGGAUAUGAUAUCGGAAUGGAGAGUGAAAAGUUUCGGAACCGUUGUGUACCUUUUGACCGGGCAAUUCCGUUUUUGAAUACUUUCGGAUCUUUUAUCCAUAAACUGGAAUGGUCCACUGCUGGACAAAAUUCAUCAAACCAAGAACGUAACGAUGACAUAUUCAAAUCGAUAGUGAAAUUCACUAGCAAAACAUUGAAAGAAUUAUAUAUUUCCUAUUACCGCGCAGAUUUUGCACAAACUCAGUUUUUAUCAUUAGAAUAUUUGCGUUUAUGGCGUACUUCACCAAAUUUUGAAUAUUUUCCACCGUUGAAAGUACUGAAAAUAGAAAGCAUCGAACCUACGGAAUGUCAUAGUUUCAUGCGAACAAUUCCACGAUUGGAAUGGUUUUACUUAUCGUUGUCAGAUGUAAAAGAUGACAUUGUUGUCGAGUUUUUGUCGCUAAAUCCUCAAUUGCAACGAUUGACUUUGCUCCAUUGCAUUGAAUUAUCUCCAUUGAUAUUAAAAGCCAUAGUUGAAAAUUCAACAAAUCUUGUAGAAUUGUGUCUUGAUUCAUUGUAUUUCAAUAGAACACCAGAUUUGUUUAAUACAAACCUACAGUAUUUGGGUGCAUUGGGACAACUAAAACAUUUCGAAAUUGAUUUGAAUAGUACGAUCUUAUUCAAAACAAUAAUCAACACUUUUGCCGAAAAUGAGGUGCCAAUUGAAACGAUGAAGAUCCAUCUAUGUGAUGAGAAUCCGAACAUCGAUUCUUCUUAUCAAUUGUUAACCAUAAGAACAUUAAAAUAUUUGGAUUUCAUGAUAUUUCCGAAAAAUUGCUUCAAUGAAUUGAUGGUCACUAUUUUGAAAACGCAAACUGAAUUAGAGUCAAUCAAGAUGUUUUGUAGUGAUGAUCCUUCUGAAGACGAAACUCUUCCAAUGCUAGAAAUUAAAAAUGUAUUGCCUUAUGGUAAAAACCUAUCGGAAUUUGAAUGUCACGUUGUACAAUUAGGAGUUAAUUUAGAAAGCUAUGAAUCAGUUCUGUGUUUGGUCAAAAAUCGUAUCCGAACCAAAAUUAUAAUUGGACACGUGAGCAGUAAAUGUAUUCCAGAUGAUGUUUUAGCAAAAAAUGAACAUGAAUUUGAAUGGUUGGACGUUCGAUACGUAAGGAUGAAUGAUACAGAGCCGCGCAUAUAUUUCCCUAAUCCAAAUGAAAUGAAUGUUUAAAAAGUCAUCUUUCCUAGUUGAGAUAUUUCGAUUUUUUCAAUCAUGAGAAUAACAAUCUAGUUAAAAGAAAUUCACACACAAUAUCACGAGCUCACAAUUGGAGAGUGUCCACUAAUUGACUGGCCCAACGAUUUAAUUCACUGUAUUUUAUGUCGAGACGAAUCUCAACAAUCUGCUGCGGCUGCAAAAUUUGCGCAAAUUAGAAUUCAAUUGUGGUCUACGGUCAAUCGUGACAUUUGUACAAGGUCUUGCUAUGACAAAUCGCAUCGAACAGUUGGGCAUCUCAUCGGCUGAACUAACACCCGAACUGUGCAGCGCAUUGUGUAAUUUGAAAAAUUUACAAGUUCUCAAGCUGAUUUCGAUAUAUGAUGGCCAGAUGAAGAGCAUCAAACCGAUUGCUCAGCAAUUGGACAAGCUCAAAGAGUUUCACAUUAUCGAAUGUGAUAUCAUUGACUUUGAGCAAUUGCUGGAUUUCUGAUUUUACGCUUAGUUUUUUGAAAACCCCAUUAACUAAACUGAUUUGUAAUAAAUCCAUCUUACAAUUCAAUUGAAGUAAUUGGCGGUAAAGAGGAUGUAGACGAUUACAAAAGUACUGAUUCUGUUUUAGAAAAAUUGUCAUUGUUCAAGAAAUUGGAGCAGCGUCAAGCGGCGAGUACAGCAGCGGCUGCGGCAGCUGUGACCAAUGCAGCAGCACUGGCCAAAACCAAUUCGAUUACAUCGUCAACGGGAGCUAUAAAUGAAAUAACAGCUGCAUCACCCGCAUCAAAUUCCAGACCGAACGAUGACCUAUCCAAAUUCAUUCGAUCGAUUGACAAAGAUCCAGGUUGGUACCCAAACGGAGGAAGAAUUGUGCUUGUUCUAUCGGUUACAUCUGAAACAAAGCCGUCAUCAUUGCACGAAUGGUGCGGAAUUGCAGGUCGUCAAGUCCACGAUAUGGACGUGGAUGUGGGUGAGGCCAAAGUCAGAUGCAGCGACGCAAAUGAUGCUUGGAAUGCUUACAAUGCGAUUUCUCACAGACAAUUUCUUCAAGGGAGUGUUGAAGUUUCAAUCCAACCACCAGCCAACAUAGCCGGAAUGGCAAUGUCUGAACAUAUACAAUACACAAAAAUGAAAUGCAAAACAUAAAAGGGAAUUUUAUAAAUAUCUACCCAAUAAAACAAAAUAAUUUGUAUACAUACA